UAUUCGUGCCUACCGUACGGACCCCGAGCACUGCAUCUAUCAGUGACCCUCUGUGGUGUCGCCUAUCCUGUGGCCUGCGCACUCGCCAUGUUUGUUGCACUUCGCCGGUUGAGGCACAUAUGGGCGCAGAUGCUGCUGGGUACACUGGGUGCCUGCUACAUUGCCCUGACAGCCACCACCAGUCCCAGCCCACCGCUUGUGGACACCGAUGUUGGCGCAUUCCUGGUGGUUUCUUGCUGGGUGUGCACCUUCCUGCUGCUCAGCUAUGCCAAGACUAUGGUCACGCUUUUACUCACUAGCCACGGCGAGAACGCGCUCUUCUGGGUGGGCGCCUGCACCCAAGCGGGUGCGCUGGUCGGAAGUCUGGUGCCAUACAUUCUUGUGAACGUGGGCGUAUUCGUCGAACGAGAUCACUGUGCCCUGUCCACCUAGAGACGUGGACAUAAAGUGUACAUAGUCUACGUCUGCUGCCUUUGCAAAAUCCCGGGGAGUGCUCAGCAGAGACAUCAAUAGUGCCUGCAAAAACUUGGAGAGGAAAUGUUCUCGGGGAAAAUCAAAGAAGGAAAAGGAAAAGGCCAAUGUGGGAUAUUAAGACGCAGUGAAUGCACGUACAGUGAGAACACGUAAAACAAGGACUGGAGAAGUGCCCGUGGACGCAAGUCAUCUUCCCCAUCAUUAAUCAUGCCAUCACCGUGAUCCCGAAAGGCUGACGAAGACAACAAGAAGUGUACAAGAGUGUAUUCGAUGCAGAAUGAGAGUUAAUGCAGGAAUUCUGGCUAUAACUGCGCAGCUAGAAGAAAAAAAUUUAGUGUAGAUGUAUUUCAAACUGAGAGAAAAUGCAGAGAUUGCAGUCAGUUCUAACAUAUGCGAGCGGUCGAUACGAUGAAAAAAACUAUCAGCGUGCGUUCCCUGUGCAGACUGACCUGUCUGUGAACAGAAAUCUUCCAUUUUGAUGAGAGCGACAGAUAUGUUACGACAAAAGUCUCUUGUAGCUCGUCCGUCUAAAAAUCUAUCCUACUUCGACCGGUGGCGUCAUGAACGCUAUUGGUAAUGAGAACUUUGUGACGUUCGAUGCGCUUGUAUAUAUUGAUGCCGAAAGGCUAGGAGUACAUAAUAAGGUGAAAUCAAAGGUAACUUCACGUGAAGAAACGUAUAUUGAAGUAAGUAAAUAUUGAUUCGGGACAAAACAAAGUGAUCGAUGUCAAUUAAAAUUGAUUAAAAAUUUGAUCGAAUAAUUCAUGAGUAAAUCAGGAGUCAAUCACGUGGCAUAAGUAACUUGAUGCGAAUGAAGAGCGAAUGAAGUAACUCAGAUGUGAAUCUGGGAAGAAUAUGUAAUAUCAGUGUGAAUCAAGAGCAAAUCAUGCGACUCGUGUAAAUCACGAAUGGCUCAAGCUGCUCAAUGAUGAAUAAACAUUCAUAAAAGUGAAUCAAUAUGAAAUUCGUGAACAAUAAAGCGAAUGAAGUGUGCUAAAUAAGCAUAUCUCAAAGACCUUAGGUUUCGGUCGGUAGUCAUUAAAACAGCUAAUGAGAACCGGUGAUGUUUCCACAAAGGCGUCACCAGCAGAAUUGAUCUUCGAAUAUCUCAACUUUGACUAACAUGUUAUACGUUCCACAAACUUUGCAACCCAAGUGAUUUCAAAGGAGGUGGGAGGAUCAGAGAUUUUCGCUCGGGUUCUUAGGACUUAGUCAGUAGUCAGUAGGACUUGGGCUGUAGUCAGAAACUUAUGGCUCAUCAUUUCGCACUCAUGCAAUGUCAGCACGCUUGUAAGACGAGUAAUAUAUUCUUUUAUAAGAUCAAUCACUUGAAUCACCUAUUAAUGCAUUACAUUUUGUAUAGUUUAUCGUCAUCACUGCAACGACUUCUGUGUGCAUUGCUUAAUAGAUUGAUAUUUAGAAGCUGUAGUUCUGAUGGCGCAUACUUUCCCAACGCCGCAGAAAUCUGUUACUAUGCGUCGAAGUGUAUUUGUUGUGCGGUGUGGAAGCAUGCAUCGAAGUUCAGCCAAGCAAGGGAACACACGUGAAUUAAGAACAACACCAGAUGCCUUCCAUCACUUACAUAAUAGUGUAGUUACUGCGUCCGCAAACUCUCUGUGCAUGCAUAAAAUUUAGGUAACAAAUACUAAUGCUAUAUCA